AUGGCUACCCCCAGUGUUCUUACCUUUGAUACUGAGGGUCGUGCUGUUGACUUUGAGGUCUGGGUGGAUGACCUCCAGCUGUUCCUCCAGUGCGAUAGGGCAGACGGCCUCUCCCUGUUUGACCUCAUCUCUGGUGCCUCCCCUGCCCCGCCUCCACUGUUCGCUCACAGUGGGCGACACGCAAUGCUGCUGCCCGUCUUGCUGUGCGUCGCCACUUACCGAACACUGAGCGUGCGCACUUUAGCCAUCACCCGGCUCCCUGACUCCCUUCGCCUAGUCAGGGACCACUUCCUCUUAGUUUGCCCCACCACACUCACCGUUGACCUCCUCGAGGAGCGCCUCCUAGCAGCAGAGAAGAGCAUAGUCGUUGUAGGAGCCUCUCGUGGUGACCCUCGCACCCCCGUCUUUGAGGGGUGUUCCCCCUCCCCCCUCUUGCCCUCUGUUGCUUCUGCUGCUGUUGCCGACCUCGUUGGUUUCUACGGGGUCGCCGCUGCGUCUGCCCCUAGCGAGAGACGCCGCACCGGCAAGGGCAAGGAGGGCAAGGGAUCUGGAGGGGCUAGCAGGAGACACUAUGUUUUUCCACGUGCAUGGCAUAUGUCGAUGGAAAAGCACAAGUUCAAGGCUCCUGAUGCAACUCCAGAGCUGAGAAACGAAAGCAGCCAGGGCGGAGCUGCAGAGGCGCUCCAAGCUGCAGCAGAGCGCAUUCGCACGAGAACAACUAAACGUACCCGCAGUGAAGUGCAGGCAGAGAGUAGUCGCAUGGCAGAGAACGUGGGCGCUGCAGAGAUGAACGAGGACCCAACAGGGUAUCGCUUCUCCUCCGGUGGUGACACAUCGAAGGUGGAUCCCGACGCACGCGUAUAUCGUUUUGUAAGGACGGCUGCAGGAGGUUCCGGACUCUCAAGGGUGGAUAUUAAGGAGUUGAUAUCCAUCCUCAUAGAGGUGUUGAGCAAUCCCGGGCGUCUAACCAUAAAUUCCCUUGCCGCAUUUGAUGGCUACGAGAAGUUGCAACUCGCCGAUGCCAAUUUGCACCCUUUUGAGCAGGUUAAUCUUGCGAAGGAGGGGGAUUUGGAGCCGGUGAUCAUGUGGCGUCGUUCUGCACUGAACUGCGUGGCAAGCCUAUACGAGAACGUGGCGAACGCGGACAGCUUCGUUGUGAAACCACCGCCACCCAACAGAGACCCUGAAGCUAAGCGCAUAUACAAGGGUCCUGAGACGGGGAGCUGGUGGCGAGAAGUCCUGGCCGAAUUGCCACAAGGGGCGUCAGUAGCUGCGGUGAUUAUAUACUCCGACGAAACGACACUCACCAUCGAUGGAGGACUCAAGGGAUGGCCAGUGUACAUCUCACUGGCCAACAUUGCUUCGGGUAAUCGUUGGAAAUUGCACGGCCAUCGACUUGUCGCGCUGUUACCCGACGACGACGGCGGCUUCUACGCGAAAGGGAAUGAAGAGCGUCGGCGGCUUGAAGUAUUCCAGGAGGCCCUGAAUCUCAUCAUGGAAGACUUGAAGGCCGGGCAGUACAAGUAA